AUGGGUUCUCCAGUGACAUUCCUACUUGAGGAGCGCCGGGUUGUCCACACCACCCGAGAAACUGAAGGGCCCGGGGAGGAUCUGUGCAACGAGGCAGAGAGCGUUUUGCCUCCAGAUGUCUGGCAUGGCGUUUUCUGGUUCCUGGACUGCGAGAGCUUGCGCCUGGCCAGCUGUUGUCGCAAAGGCUUCAGUGACGCGGAGGAGUUGUGGACACGACUUCUGCACAGCGACUGGGGAGUGACAGUGACUCUGGGCUCCAUGCGUCUGUACCGCCGUUGGCUUCAGCGUUUCCGACAGAUGUCAUCGACCAUGGAGGGACUCAAAGGUGGCUGCCUCACAGGGGUCACAGGCUCCCUUUCGAGGAAGCGUCUCUUCGAGGCCCUGGAAAGCCUUGUGGAGCUUGGCCUGGUGAGGGACCGGAGAUCUGAACGUUCUGCGCGGGUGGAAGAGCAAGUCCAAUGGCUCAUCGAUUUGGGGAGCCGAGGUGAGAAGACGGCGGCGGAUUUCGGCCUUGCAUCGAAUGUGGCAAAUUUGGCCAGGGAUCACAACGACGAGGUGGCUGCAGCUGCCAUCCGCGCGCUCGGGGACUUUGGAAAGGAAGGCGCCAAGCACAUGAGCGCCGUGGCCAGUGGACUGAAUCGCAGUGGCGAGGUUUGUGUGGCGGCUGCCACAGCCCUGGCGCAGUUCGGUCCCGCGGCGUUGCCCUACAGCGAGCAGCUGGCGACCUGUCUCCACCGGCCCAGCGACGAAGCUUCGAAGGCGGCGGUGCUGGCGGCGCUGGGCGCGCUACGGGCCACGCAACACAGCAAUGUGCUGGUGGAGUUCUUGGAAGACAAAUCCAUGGCGGUUGCUGCUGCGGCUUGCCAAGCCCUUGGGAAGCUUGGAGCAGCCGGAGCGCCCGAAGCCUCGCGCAUUGCUCAGAAGAUGAAGCAUCCAGGCACGCGCUUUGCUGCCGUCACGGCCCUGGGAAAUCUGGGACCGGAAGUGGUCAAGAAGAAUCUUCCGGAGAUUGUCUCAUGCUUGCAAGACAAAGACAGCCUCACUCGCCAAGCAGCUGCCAGCACGUUGGCGGUAGCUCCAGAUGCGGUGCUGGCUGACCCUAAGAGCAUCGUGGCGUUGCUCAAGGAUUCUCAGCCGGGCCUUCGCUGCGCUGCAGCCCUGGCCCUGGGGAAGUGUGGUGCAUCAAGCGCUGCGGAAGACGUGGCAGUCCUUCUCGGAGACAACGGGGAUGAUGACUCCGAGAGUUAUUUGGCCGUGGGCGGUGGUAGCCUGCGCUCCGCCUACAUCCUUCGGCGCCCCAAGUGUGCGGCUUUGAUGAGCCUCAGUCUCAUGAAGUCUGAAAAGCACCUGGCCGCCGUGUCGGGCGCCUUGCGGGACAAAUCCUAUGAAGUCAGGUUAUGCGCCAUUGAAGCCCUGAUGCAGUUUGGCGCCGCGGCGAAGAAACACUCCACCAGCAUCAUGUCCGUCCUGGAGGAUGACGUGUACCUGGUGCGUCUGAAGGCAUGCCAGUGCAUUGCAGCCAUUGGAGCCACAGAUGUCAUUGACAAUUUGCCGGAUCUCUUCCAUGACGAAGCGCCUUCCGUCAGACAGGCGGCCCUGGAUGCGUUGGCCACAUAUCCAGACCAUGCAAAGACUUAUUCUUCACAGGUCUUCAAGUGCAUUUCCGACGAAUAUGGCUGUGUUCGAGCCUCUGCCAUGAGAUGUUUGGCCAGCAUGGAGACAGUGGGUCAGUGCUACGCCAGCACCAUUGCGGGAGAACUGGCCAGCCAAGAUCCUGAAUCCAGAGCAGCAGCAUGCGAAACCUUAGGGAAGCUGGGUGACUACGGCGCAGCAUUUGCAGAAGACAUUGAGAUGUGCCAGAGCGAUGAGAUUCCCAUGGUUCGUGCCGCAGCUGGCUACGCACUGGUUCAACUUGGAGCAAAAGAUACGGCUUUCUACCCUUCACAGCUUCCACGGCUACUGGAAGGCUGCGGGGCCUGGAAAACCCUGCUGAGCCUAUUGGAAGAUGAAAGUCCCCAGCUCCAGUGGCUGGCGACGCGGUGUCUUGCGGAUCUGGUAGGCUCAGGACCGGAGAGUCUUCGUUUGAAGGUGCGUGAAGAGGUGGUGCGCCGCGGCUACUUGGUACGUGCCCUGCUGGAGGGUGAUGAUUUGGAUCUGGUGGAGGCAGCCUCGCGGCUCAUGCUGAACCUGCACCACGUGACGAUGGCUCCACUGAAAGGAUCUCGAGGGCCGCAUGGUAUCCUGGAGUCUGAAGGCUUUGAUGUAGGUUGCUUUGCCUCCGAGAACCAGGCCGAGUGGAGCGGUCUCUGGCAUGGAGAGAUGUGCUAUGCCAGAGGCCGGGUCAGGGGCAAUCGGAUGGGGAUAUAA